CAAGGGGAGGAACAAGCGGAAGAAGUUAUUUUGGAAGAAGAACCAAUUUAUCAAAUGUCGUUAAGUCAAUAUAGGCCGGUACAAUAAGUUGUUUGAUGGCGGAUUGGGGUGUUUCACGGGCGGUCGGGCCACACUGCAUCUACGCGAGGGAGCUGUGCCGGUAUUCUGUCGCGCGCGGCCGCUGCCAUACGCGCUGCGCACGCGUGUCGACGCUGAGCUCGAGGCCAUGCUGCGCGCGGGCAUCAUCGAGCCUGUUGACACCUCCGACUGGGCCACACCACUGGUAAUUGUACACAAGCCGGAUGGCGCUUUACGUUUAUGUGCUGACUAUAAGGUUACAUUAAAUCGUAUGUUAAGAGUUGAUAAGUAUCCUGUGCCAAAAAUAGACGACCUGUUUUCUAGGCUAAGGGGUAGUAAAUAUUUUACGAAAUUAGAUUUAUCUCAGGCGUAUAAUCAAAUUUUAUUAGACGAAUCCAAGGAUUUUACAGUCAUCAACACUCAUAAAGGCCUUUUCAGAUAUAAUAGAUUAGUGUAUGGACUCGCGUCAAGUCCAGGAAUUUUCCAAAGAAUAAUGACACAGCUUUUUGAUAAGAUACCCAAUGUGACAGUAUUUUUAGAUGAUAUUUUGAUCACUGGAAAAACAAUAAGGGGACAUAUAGAUACUAUAAAUAAAGUUCUUAAAAUAUUGCAAGAAAAUGGGUUAAAAAUAAAAAGGGAAAAGUGUGACUUUUUGAGUAAAGAAGCUAAAUAUUUAGGAUUUAUAAUUAGCAGGGAGGGGGUAAGGGUAGAUCCAGAUAAAAUUAAACCCAUAAUUAAAUUGACUUCUCCAACUAACGUAUCGGAACUAAAAUCGUUUUUAGGUAUGGUGAACUUUUAUGGAAAAUUCAUAAGAAAUUUAAGUUUCUAUUUAUCACCAUUAUACGAACUAUUGAAAAAGGGUAAACAUUGGGCAUGGAGCACUACUCAUUCGCUAGCAUUUAAGAAAAUAAAACAAUUAUUAAUUAGUUCAGAAAUAUUAUCGCACUAUGAUGAGUCACGGCCCGUGGUAGUGACGUGCGACGCGAGCUCGCGCGGCGUCGGCGCGGUGCUGGCGCAGAGCACGCCCGAGGGCCUUGAGUGUCCCAUAGCGUACGCGUCAAGAACACUUACCGCCGCGGAAUAUCAUUAUAGCCAAAUACAUAAGGAGGCUUUAGCUAUAGUCUUCGCAGUGAAGAAAUUUCACCAAUAUUUGUAUGGCAGACCAUUUGUUUUAAGAACAGAUCAUAAACCCUUAGUUAGUAUAUUUGGAGCAGAGUUAGGAAUUCCGAGCAUGACAGCUAGCAGGUUGCAGAGAUGGGCGUUAAUAUUAUCAGCUUAUGAUUUCAAAAUUGAAUACGUGAAUACACAUUCAAACACUGCUGACGCUUUGUCUCGAUUAGUAGAAAGUUAUAAAGCUAUUAGUGAAACAGACAGAGAGGAAGUUCCGGAACAAACGUACCUGCAUUUUGCGUCGGAUGCUUUGUUACUUAAACAUGAAGAUAUUCGAAAAGAGACAAAAAAAGACCCAAUAUUAAUGCGUGUAUUGAGCUAUGUUAGGGAUGGUUGGCCUAAGGAAGUGGAGAUGAGGGAACUUAAACCUUAUUCGAAUAGACGUAAUGAAAUAUAUACAGAGUUAGGUUGUCUUAUGGGGGGACAUAGGUUAAUAGUGCCAAAAGCGUGUCAGGACAGGGUCUUGAGGGAGCUACAUGACACGCAUAUGGGUAUAAUUAAGACCAAAUGUAUAGCUAGAAGCUAUGUAUGGUGGCCGGGGAUUGAUGAAAUGUUAGAAAGUCAAUGUCGAAAUUGCACAAUCUGCGCAGAAAUGGGCGAAGCGCCGGUACACCACACACCGCAGCCGUGGGACUGGCCUUCUCGUCCAUGGACCAGAUUACAUGUCGAUUUCUUAGGGCCUAUACAGGGACACAAGUAUUUAAUAAUGGUCGAUGCAACCUCAAAGUGGAUUGAAGCAUGUUCGGUCGUUUCGACUACGGCCAAAGCAAUAAUAGGUAAAAUUAGAGAAAUUUGGUCACGUUUUGGUAUACCAAAACAAUUAGUCUCGGAUAACGGACCUCCUUUUAGUAGCGAAGAAUUUAAUUCAUUUUUAGAAUAUAACGGAGUAGAACAUGUAUAUUCCGCACCAUAUCAUCCAGCUUCCAAUGGUCUGGCGGAAAAUGCGGUGAAACAGUGCAAAAGAGUGAUAAAAAAAGCUAUUAUCCAAAAAAUAGAUGUAGAACUAGCCCUUCAACGGUUUUUACUAGUGUAUAGAACCACUGAACAUAGCACAACGAAAGAAAGUCCGUCACAGAUAUUACAAGGCAGGACAUUAAGAACUCGGUUAGACCGGUUGAAACCGGCGCGCGACAAGCAAGUGAGGGACGCGCAGCGCCGCCAGCAACACGGUGCAGGCGGCACGCAGCGCGAGUUUGCGCCCCAGGACGGGGUUUGGUGCCGGGUGUACCAAGGAUUAAGGAAAUGGGCAAGUGGUACGGUAAUUGAGCGUCUGAGUACUACAGAUUAUAGAAUAAGGUUAUUAGAUGGCACAGAGAUACAUAGGCAUAUUGAUCAGCUAAAAGGUAAAGAAAAUCCAUUACGACCGACACCGUCGUUACCGACAGAUAACGAAAUGGUCAGCACGAACGUAACGCCCAAGAACACUAACCAGUCGGUAGGUAAUGCCUUGGUUUUUCCGACAAUACCAGUGGCGAUCACACCCGUCGAGGGGUGCUCGGGUGGGGGUGUCGAAGGUUCAGGAAAGGGUAGGAUGAAGAGUGUUGAGACCCGUAUGGAACCGACGUUGGUAACGGAAUCGUCAGAGUCCAACAGUGUGGCGUCGGCCGUCAGUGAAACGCGUCCCAUUAGGAAUAGGAGACUACCCCAAAGAUAUCAGCUGUAAUGGGUUCGUAGAUUAAGGGCUUACUAGUUUUAAGUUUGUAAACGAAUAAUUAAGGCAGUAGUCAGUAAGGAAAUAAAACAUAAGUACUAGGGAUGUAUGAUAAUUUUAAGUUAGUAAAUAAGGGUGGAGGUGUAAUAUAGGUUAUCUGUAUGCGUUUUAUUAUCUGUGAACCCACCUGUCGACUUGCAGAGAAUAAAUGGCUAACCCACCGAA